AUGCAAAAACCGCGCAAAACGGGACAGUGUUGAAUCCUUAUUGGACGCGCUCGGUCGUGAGUCGUGACAGAUAAAAGCGCGGGAACAUGCGUGCUUGCCGCCGCGGAAACGGCACACGACAUUUAUAAAUGUGCCUACAAACAAAAACAAGUUCAUAAAGUAACAAAAUUGUGAUAGUAGUCUUAAGAAAACGAUCUCGCUGUGAUUUAGUGUGGUUUAAAUUUAGGCAAACGUUUAAUUUAGUUGCGGUUUAAUAUUUAAUUUAUUGUUGUUUACACUGAACGGCCAUGGCGGAUGAAAAGGCUCACUUGAUGAAGUCUCAGCAGGUUAAGGGUCCAUACACUGUAGACAAAUCCGGAUCUGCCACCGAUCAGCAAAGCGACUCUCAGCCGUUCAUCAAGAAUGGCGCGGCGGCCACCAUCACCAAGGCGCAGACGCAGAAAGCGGCAGACAAGGCGGGACGGGGGAAGGCCAUGCGACAGGUGCUAGCAUCAGUGGUGGCGAACCUGGGCACCAUCAACACGGGCAUGGCGUUCGGCUUCUCCGCCGUGGCGCUGCCGCAGAUGCAGGGGGCCAACUCCACGCUGCCCGUCACUGAGGACCAGGCCAGCUGGAUCGCAAGCCUCAGCUCCGCCGGCACGCCAGUCGGCUGCAUUCUCAGCGGGUACCUGAUGGACGCCAUCGGGCGGCGUCCCACGCUCAUCGUCACGGAGAUCCCGCUCAUCCUCGGCUGGCUGUUGGUGGCGUUCGCGCAGAAUGUGCCCAUGCUGUAUGUAGGGAGGCUGCUAAUAGGCCUGGGCUCCGGCAUGGUGGGGGCGCCAGCGCGCGUGUACACGUGCGAGGUGUCUCAGCCGCACCUGCGCGGCAUGCUGGGGGCCCUCGCCUCUGUGGGAGUCUCCUCUGGUGUCCUCAUACAGUACGUGAUCGGCAGCGCGACCUCAUGGCAGAUCCUGGCGGGGGUCAGCGCGAUAGUUCCCUUCAUCUCCUUCGUGGGCAUGAUCCUGCUGCCAGAGACCCCCAACUAUCUCCUGCAGCAAGACAAGAGGGAGGGCGCAGAGAAGUCGCUGAACAAGCUGCGGGGCUCCACCUGCAAUGUGGACGAGGAGAUACAGCGGAUGAUCACGUUUAAGGAGAAGAACCAUGUGGACCCUCUCAAGACUCCUCGUGAAAUCAUCAAAGCUCUCCUGUCGCCUUCAGCCCUGAAGCCUUUUACGAUAUUAGCGGUCUACUUCUUCAUCUACCAGUGGUGCGGAGUCAACACCAUCACGUUCUAUGCCGUUGAAGUUUUUGAGGCGUCCGGGUCUACCCUGGACAAGUACUGGGCGACCAUCACACUGGGUGUCAUUCGUGUCAUCUUCACGGUGGUGGGCUGCAUACUGUGCCGGCGCUGCGGGCGGAGACUGCUGACGUUUGUGUCAGCAAUCGGCUGCGGAGUGACAAUGAUCACUCUCAGCGCGUACAUGUAUUGGCUCCAAUAUUGGAAGGCCAACAACAUCGUGCCGGUCCACACGUGGAUCCCUGUGGCCAGUAUCUUCCUCUUCACCGUGGCCUGCACGCUCGGCUACCUCAUCAUACCCUGGGUCAUGAUUGGGGAGGUUUACCCUACUCAGAUCCGAGGAAUAGUGGGUGGCAUGACGACCUGUGCCGCUCACCUGUCGGUGUUCUCAGUGGUGAAGACAUUCCCUCUCAUCAGACACACGCUCAACGACUACGGAGCCUUCGCGCUCUAUGGAACCAUGUCGUUGUUUGGAACAAUAUUCUUCUACAUAUUCCUCCCUGAGACGAAGGGCAAGACGCUGCAAGAGAUCGAAGACUACUUCUGCGGCAGGACCAAGUCUUUGCAGAAGAAUAACUCCAAAGGAGAACUGGCGUGAAAGUUCACUUUCAAAAUGUUUGAAAGAAUGGACCAUGUUUUAAAUCACUUCCUUGUGGCUUGAGCCUUUGCUUUGUUGAGUGUCGUGAAUAUGUUUGUAUAUUAAAUUAAUGUUACCGGCAUGACUGCUUAGACUAAAGAGCAAGCGAAAGAUAUGCGGCAAGCUUUUCCUAAAACGCGUUUAAAAUUAUUCGAAGUGUUUUUCCAUUAUUUCUGUAAUAAUGAAUAUAUGAUUGUAUUUAUAUUGCUAUAAUGACGAAUGAUUGCUGUUAUAGGACUUGUAAUAAAUAAAAAGUAUUAUUUAUUUUAAACAUAAAUUAAGUAUAAUGUAUAACAAAUUUAGGUACUUACAUGUAGAAAUGAAAAACUGUACCAAAAUUUUCAUUUUUAGAGGUGCCUGUCUGAAAUUAUAUGCCAAAAACAUAAUGAAGUGUAUUUACAUAUUUUUUUUGCAAUGUCGAUGUGUAUUAAAAAAAUGUAAGUAAGUAAUUUAUAUUUGCACUGUAAACAGUCAAGGACUUGUACGUAAACACAUACUAAAAUUACUUAUGUUGAAUGGUGCUAACGAAUCUACCUGUUAAAUAAUGUAAGUAAGAGUAGGAAUAUUUUUAGGAAAGUUAUACUACAAAAUCGUACAUAACUAAUGUAUAUUUUUAGAUGAGUUUUACAAUGACGACUCCCUUAUACUUAGGUAUUUACAAAAUAAAGUAUUUUCUAUCGAUAGAUGUCUGAGGAUAAAAUUGUAGGUACUUUGAUGUAAUUUCGAUGUUGUAAUAUUUAUGACUGUUGGGCCCGUUAGCUGAUCACGUAUAAUUUUAAAAACACCAGAAAUUUAAUUAGGUACUAUUUCAUUGGUAAUUGUUGGGUACAUGAAGAUGAUUCUGUUACUUAGCUGCUUGUAUAAAAGUCAUAAUGUUUAUACACGAACAUGUAUGUAUUAUUACUUACGUCUCUAUAAAAACCGUAUCAAAUUCAUAAAAUUAAAAUUUUCAAUUUUUUCACGACGCCAUUCCUGUACUUUUCUGAAAAAUACGAAUAUCUGUAAGUAAUUAAUUAUAUCGUAAUACUCUUAGGUAUAUUUAAAACAUAUUAUUUUAAAGCAUUUGUGAUAGUUCGAUACAAAAUGGUAAAUGAAACACCUUACGUGCCAAUGUUACAUAAUUAUAAUAUAUUAAAUAAAUACGUCUUAAUAUUAA